AUUAUACUUCAGUUCCUCAGUUCUACAUUUUUACAGAGGUAGAAACACAGCUCUGAACUUUUUUUUUUCUUUUGUCUGUUUCCCUUUUCUUCUGUUUUGGAAGCCCUGCUCAAAGAGUUGAGACAGUUUUGUAUUCUACCAUGCAUAACUACAGACUAGCACUCACCAGUGAACUACAGAAGGAUGGUAAGAUACUAGACAUCUCUUCAUUUUAGAGGGAACAUGGAAACAUCAUUUGUCUUGUUUUCUCAAUUAAAUAUGUGUGAAACAAAAGAAAAAGCUUUUUUCAAGUUAAUACAUGGUGGUCUAGGAAAAGAAGCAGCAAGCAAAGAGGCCAAAACCAGAGCCAAGGAAAAAAGAAAUAGGCUAAGUCUUCUUGUGCAGAAACUUGACUCACAUGAAGAGACACACUCCAGUAGAUUUGGGGCCUUGUCCAAAGAAUUGAGAGUCUCUCCUGAAGAAGCAGUGAAAUGGGGUGAAUCAUUUGACAAACUGCUAUCCCAUAGAGAUGGACUGGAUGCUUUUACCAGAUUUCUUAAGACUGAAUUCAGUGAAGAAAAUAUCGAAUUUUGGAUAGCCUGUGAAGAUUUCAAGAAAAACAAGGAACCUCAACAAAUUACACUUAAAGCAAAAGCAAUAUAUGAGAAAUUUAUACAGAGUGAUGCUCCCCAAGAGGUUAACCUUGAUUUUCACACCAAAGAAGUCAUUACUAAGAGCAUCACCCAACCUACCCUCCACAGUUUUGAUGCUGCACAAAGCAGAGUAUAUCAGCUCAUGGAACAAGACAGCUACACGCGUUUUCUGAAAUCUGACAUCUAUUUAGAAUUGAUAGAAGGAAGACCUCGGAGACCAACAAAUCUUAGGAGACGAUCACGCUCAUUUACCUAUAAUGAAUUCCAGGAUGUGAAAUCAGAUGUUGCCAUUUGGCUCUAAGGAAAAUUGAUUGAUCUCAUUUUAAUGUCAAAUCAAUUUAACACAAUGUCUUUAAAGACAUUAGAAGACAGAGGUGGAUUGAAUUAGAUCAUUCUACUACCUUGCUUGUGGAUUUCAAGUUUUGCCUACCAGAUUACCAAGUGUUGUACAUAAUAGAAGCUCAAUAAGUGACUUUUACGUUAAAUACUAUACUACAAAACUAUAAAAUGAAGCAUUAUGAGAAUGGUAGUGCAUUGCAUGGCCAGAGUAAAGGCUUUAACAUGAGGCAAAAGACAUACACAAGAGACUCACUAAAUUUAAUUCUAGCUCUGCUUACUUAUCAAAUAUAUGUUGGGAAAGUUACUUAAAUAUUCUACACUUCACAAUUCAUUUUUAAUAUUAGAAUAAAACUUUUACAAUGUUCUUAUGAUGAUUAAAUUUUGAAAUAUUUGUAAAGUGCCAAAUAUAGAUUAAUUGACUUCA